AUGAGUCAAAACAGCAAUCCCAACUAUACAUAUGUAACUCCUCAGCCAAACAGCUUUCAGGCGGCAUACCGCCAGUACGGCCAACAGCCAAAUGAGUCGUUUCCGUACCAAAGUAAGGAAUUGAAGCCGGGAAGUAAGGGGAAAAUGGCCAACUCCAAGGUUUCAAAGGACAAAAUGUUAAAUAUGAAGUACGACUACGGAUCGCCCAAAAUGUACCCGUCCUCAGGCGCAGAUCCCAAGGACCCAUCGAAGCAGUACGCCUCGAGGUUCCCCAAGGUGACUAACGAGGAGGUGCAGAACCUGCUGUUGGAAAAUUACUCAAUAAUGAAGGCGAUGAACGACUCCAUGGAAAACACGGAGCAGCUGAUGGACGACCCAGAGUUUACGCUGUAA